AUGAGCACCAAUACUAAUUACCCGGCCACCGUCCACCGGCCACCGUCCACCUGGCCACCGUCCAUCCGGCCACUGUCCAUCCUGGCCACCGUCCACCCGCCACUGUCCACCCGGCCCUCAUCCACCCGGCCCCAUCCACCCGGCACCUGGUCCACCUGGCCCCUGUCCACCCGGCCCCUGUCCACCUGGCCCCUGUCCACCCCACUGUCCACCUGGCCCCCUGGGUCCACCCGGGCUCCCUCAUCCACCCGGCCACUGUCCACCCGGCCCCUGUCCACCCUGCCCCUCACCUGGCCACCGUCCACCUGGCCCCUGUCCACCGGCCCUCAUCCACCUGGCCACCGUCCACCCGGCCUCAUCCACCCAGCCACCGUCCACCCGGCCCUCAUCCACCCAGCCACUGGUCCACCCGGCCCUCAUCCACCUGGCCACCGUCCACCCGGCCCCCCGUCCAUCCGGCCCUCAUCCACCCGGCCACGGUCCACCCGGCCCUCAUCCACCCGGCCCCCGUCCACCCGGCCCUCAUCCACCCGGCCCUCUAUUUCUUAUUAA